AUGGCCCCCGAAGAGCUUAAAGAGCUGGAUAUUCAGCUUCAUGGCUGGACUAAUUCCCCUGUUGCCUUUAUGGAUUUGAUGACCCGUGUAUUCAGGUCAUAUCUGGACUCUUUCGUUAUAGUUUUCAUCGAUGAUAUUCUUCAUGGUUCAGUUGGAUAUCCAGAUUCUAAACGCGUCUUGGCCUAUAUGGGAGUUCACACUUGUUUACUUGAUAGGAUCUGUGGUUGCCAGUUUGAGGAUGAGGCCUUGGUGGCCCUUAAAGAUAGAGUGUUAGCGAGGGAUGGUGGUCAAGCUACCUUGGAUCCUGAUGGAGUGUUGAGAUUCGCUGGCCGCAUCUUUGCUCCAAGAGUGGGGGAUUUGAUACGGUUGAUACUUUGUGAGGCCCAUGAGUUUAGAUACACUAUCCAUCCAGGCACAACAAAGAUGUACCGUGAUUUGAGGAAGCAUUACUGGUGCAGUGGCAUGAGGAGAGAUAUUGCUGACUUUGUUUCCCGUUGUUUCUGCUGCCAGCAGGUAAAGGUCGAGCAUUUGAGGCCUCGUUGUGAGUUCCAGUGA